AUAAUACUCCGUCGGAAAAAUAUCUAUUUAUUGCAAUUUUCCUAAAUACGUUGGGAUUAAACUAUAUCGUUAGCAAAUUUCACCCUUCUGAAUAUAAAUUAGAGAAGUAAAUCUAUGAAUUAAAUCAUUACAAGUUUUAGAAUAGUGAAUUACUCUUGAAUUCAAGUUCAGACCAGCUUUGUUUGUUUUAAGUUCUUCGGUGAGGGAUUUCUGAAAAUUGAGGCGAUCGAGGGGGCGACCACAAUGAGGAGAUUAUCGUCGGCGGUCUUUUUGUGGAUUUUGUUUCUGAUUGGCACAAUUGUCUUGAUUCUGAGCCAAUUAAACGAUGGAGAAGUCUCGUCCGAGAAAAAGGUUGUCGAAGAUGAGGAAACCAAAUUGGAGACGAAUCCGGCGACGGUGACCCGCAGAGUAUACUUUGAUAUCGAAAUCGCUGGAAAGCCCUCGGGGCGAGUUGUCAUUGGCCUAUUUGGAGAAACAGUCCCUAAAACCGUAGAGAAUUUUCGCGCUCUUUGCACGGGGGAGAAAGGAAUUGGGAGUAGCGGGAAGCCUCUACAUUACAAAGGAAGCAAAUUCCAUAGGAUUAUUCCAAGUUUUAUGAUACAGGGAGGUGAUUUUACUCUUGGAGAUGGCCGAGGUGGAGAGUCAAUAUAUGGCGGGAGGUUUGCCGAUGAAAAUUUCAAAUUGAAACAUGAUGGUCCAGGACUUCUGUCGAUGGCUAAUGCCGGGGUGGACACAAAUGGAUCGCAGUUCUUCAUUACGACUGUAAAAACUAGCUGGUUGGACGGGCACCAUGUCGUAUUUGGAAAAGUGCUUUCAGGCAUGGAUGUCAUCUUCAAGAUCGAAGCUGAAGGAAGUCAGGAUGGAAAACCAAAGACUGAAGUACACAUUUCAGAAAGUGGAGAACUUCCAGUAUGAUUCUGGAAAUACAGAUUGUUGACUACAAAGGUCCUCCCUCCCUACAAACUUCUCUCCUAAUGAGAUGUAGGCAUCAGCUUCACAUUAGAAUUGAUCAUUACACGGCAUUUCGUGGUUCUAAUUCAAAUUGUUUUUCAUUUCUAUACAAUGGAAUGUUAUCUUUAUAGAAUCAAGAGACUGGAUCGAGUUUUCUUGUUUGCUGUUUUUACUUCUCUUAUCUCUUGAAAUAAAAUGUCUAGAUCUUCCUUCUAAAAAUGGUUGAUUGGUGUUGAAGUUGAGCAUCUUCCAUGAAAACAACAAGCACAAACACACUCUUGCUUUUAGAGAUUCUAAAUUCAGCAAACUUUUCAAAAUAAGCACAUCAUCUUCUUUUGUGGAUUCCAAAUUUAGAAAAACUUUUCAAAACAGAUGCCGGCUGCAAAAUUGACAAUUGUGAAUAAAAAUCUUCAUAUAUCCCAUUCUCACUUACUAAAUCCAUCUAAUAUCAAAAUAUCCUUUCUUCAGUAGAUUUGGUUUAAAAUAUCUUCACAUCCUUUAGCAAAGCAUUUGACCCUUCAUGUAAAAAAAAAAAAAAAAAGGAUCACCACAGAAGCACUUUUGUCUCUGAAUAUUUGAUCCAAUCUCACCAGAAAGA